AUGGAAGAAGUCGUAGAAAUCGUAGAAACCGCAGGAAUGGAAGGAAUGAAAGGAAUGACAAGAAAUGAAAGUUGCAAAAAGAAACAUCACCGAAGAAAAACAUCCUUAAGCAAGACAAAUGACAAUACAAGCACUCCCCACAGUGACAACCAAGAAGAUGCUGAAUCGAGAAGUCACAGUGUCAAAUUCAAAAAGAAAGAAGAGGGUGAUCACUCUGCGAGCGAUAUUGAUGGAGGAGAUACACAGUAUGGAUAUAAUCAAAAAUACGAAAGUAAUCAAUAUGAAAAUAAGAAACAGAAGAGGAACACUGCAGAUGAUGUAAUGGGAGGAAAUGAUGAAGCAUGUGGAAACGUGAAUCCUGACCAUGGAAAGGAAAAUCGAAAUCAUGAAUCAAGUGAAAUGCUAGACAAUUCAACAUGUGCAGAUCUGGAGGAAGAAACAAAAUUUAUGGAAAAUUGGGAAGACACUCAAAAAAAAAUUUACGAUCCAACAAUAGGACUAAGAAGACAUUAUACAAAUGAAUUACUAUCAUGUGGUGAAAAGAAUAACAUAAGAAUAUUAGAAAAAUGGUCAUCAAUGAUUAAUAGAGAUAUAAAUUGGUUUAUCAAAACACACAGAACGACAUUUUUAAGAAGAGUUAAAAGAGGUAUUCCACAAAAAUAUAGAUGGAAAGUAUGGUUCCAAAUAACGAAUAGCAAAAUUUUAUUAAAAAAAUUUCAAAAAAAAUAUUACUUCUUAUCAAGAAAGAAGUCAAAUUAUACAAAUUUAAUAAUGAUAGACAUCUCUAGAACAUUUCCAGAACUAUUAAUAUUUGAUAAAUAUGCACAAGAACAAUUAUUUCGCAUUUUAAAUGCAUAUUCAAAUUAUGAACCAGCAGUUGGAUAUUGUCAAGGAAUGAAUUUUUUAGUAGGACUUUUACUUAUAGUUAGUAGUUUCAAUGAAAUUGAAACAUUUUGUGUUUUAGUUAGUCUCAUGAAUAAUUAUCAUUUAAAAGAAUUUUAUAAAGAUAAAUUUCCAUUACUCAAUAGAUAUAUAUACCUUUUUGAAAAAAUUUUACAAUGUGAAGCACCAGAUCUAGUUGAUCAUUUUAAUAGAGAGGAAGUAUUUCCACCUGUAUAUCUACAUCAAUGGUUACUUACUUUAUUUAUAGCUAGCUUACCAAUCAAAAGUGUAAUAGUCAUAUGGGAUUACCUAUUCUGCACUAGCAUAAAAACGAUACUAAUUAUAUCUGUAGCCUUGUUAAAAAUUUUAAAAAGCUAUUUAAUGAAACAUAAAUUUGAAAAAAUUUUGAAAUUAUUAAAAUCGUUGAAGUAUAAUGAAAGCAAUGAUGAUAUAUUGAUUGCCAAAUUGUUAAUUAAAAAAUCAGAAUCGGUUAUAUUAAAUCCUGAACUUACUUUUCUUUUUGAAAAUAUUGAGAGGGAAGACAUCCCCUUUGAUGGUAAAUACAAGUUUGCCAUUGGAGAAAUUAACAAUUGUCAUUUUACACACGUAGUGAAACAUUCAACUAAUCAUGCCAAUAUGGAUGAACAGAAUAGGAUAGAUAACCAAAAUAGAAAUCACUGUUAUACACAAAAAAAUGAUAGCCUCAGUAGUUUUGCUGCAAACAAUUUUGUCGCAUUAGAUGGAGGAACCUUACUGAACUUUUUCUCCAACAAAGUUCAGAAGAGGGAUACCAAAUUGGAACAUCGACAGGGAGAAAGAAAAUUUGAUAGGAAUUUUCCAACAGAACAGGAGAAAACGAAAGGAAAAUCACCAAAAACUGAACAAAAAGAAGAAAAUGGAAAAGAAUUAAAGGCACCGACCAAUUGCAACUCGAGAGGUUCUGAAGAAGUCGCUGUUCAAAAUAUUCGAGAAAAUAACAACUUGAACACGUUUUAUUACAAAAUUUUAAGUAGUCAUGAAAAAAAAUUAAAAAAGAAAAAAGAAAAUGCUACCCCAGUUAGCCAAAAUAGUAGGAACGAUACAGGAAAUUCCGUUUUCCACAAUUCAGUAAACAGACUGUAUAACCAUGGAAAGUCUUUUAGCGUACCUAGAUCAUGCCCCUCUGGGAGAAGCAAAGGAAUACACAUAUCCAACAAUAGCCACAAUAGCCACAAUAGCAACAAUAGCCACAAUAGCAACAAUAGCAGCGACAAUAACAGCGAAAACAACAAGAAUAACAACAGUGCUGGAAGAACGAACACAAAAACGUCUAAUUACAACAAAAAGGAUAUAAGGGAUAGAAAAUUAAAACUUAAAAGUGGAAUUAUGAUGACAACGCCUGACUCGUGUCCAAGUAGCUCCCACGAAAAUUGUGCAUCAAGGCACAUUCAGAAGGUUCCGAAGGAUACAUAUCAAGAGUUAUCUGAACACACGUACAAUAGACGACAAAAAGUUCGUGAGGGAGUUAAUAUGGAAGAAAGCAGCACUACCUAUGAAAAGGAUCCACAUGUGCAUGCUGAUAACAAGGAAUUAAAGCAAAAAAUUAUCAUAUCGAAUCAUUUUGACACAAAAAAUGACAAUAAUGAAUAUAUCACAACAAGUAAUAUACAAAAUUAUGAAAUAUACGAUAGUUAUAUAAGCGAAGAAGAUUUAUCCUCAUUCAACGUAGUUGGGAAAAUAAAAAAUAAAAAUAUCAGUAGGAGAAAGUAUAAUUAUGACCAGAGUGAUGAUUGUAAUGAUAACAGUGAGGGGUAUAACAUGGAGGAGGAGGAGGAUCAGAAACCAGAUCAACAUAUGUUAUAUAAAAGUGACUCUUUCGUUGAGUUUAAUUAUAGGAAGUAUGGAAGAAAAAUUACAGGAGAGAAAAACUAUCAAAAAGAAGAAAAAUAUAAGUUAGUUCAAGGCAAAAAUGGUACUCAUUAUAAUUUGAAAGAAAACGAAAAUGAUGUUAUGAGAAAUAAUUCAUGUUGGGUUUCACAGGAAGAAAAUUUACAAACACAAUAUGCUAGAAGAAGUGAAGAAAGAAAAAGUCUUACAGGUAAUUUAAAAAGACAUGCAUAUUAUUAUAACAAAAAUGAUGGAAGGAAAGAAAGUUAUUACUCCAACAGAGAAAACAGCACACCGAGACGCGAAGGGCAAUUUCUUCAGGAUGAUGAUGAUAACCCUGCAGAAAGUUUAAUAACAGGAAAAGUGAAACAGUUUGAGAAAAAAAUGAAUGAAGAGGAGGAACAAGAAAUUAGCAGGGCGAAGGAAUUGCGCAGGACGAAAGUAUUCGAAACGAUGGAAAACCAGAGAAAAAAAAAAAAGAAAAAAAAAAAAAAAAAAAACGAAUCGAAUGUAGUAGGUCAACAGGAAUCAUGUGGCCAUGUUGACGACCAAAAUUAUAAUAAUCAAGAUGAAUUAGGAGAAGAAGAAGAAGAAGAAGAAGAAGAAGAGGAGGAGGAGGAAAGUAUUUUCAGCAUAAGCCAAUAUAUUAACCCAGACGACAAUGAAAAAAAACAAAGUAAUGGGUUAGGAAUCUUUAAUUUAAUACAUUCCUACGCUAAGGACAGUAGCUGGUUUGAUGUUUCGUCAAUAAACAAAUAUUACCAAUUUAGCAAAACCACUGGAGAUAUGGAAUUGGAUGACAUAAAUGCAGAUAAUGAAAAUAGGGCGAAUGAGUAUUAUCCGCAAGAUCAGAAGCGGGACGAUAACCGCUCCCCUAUGUGA